AGUAUUAAACCGAAGAAACCAUGGCUUCGUUGAUCUCCAUCCAUUGUACUUGUCGCGUUUUAGAUUCCUCAUACCAUUCACCAUUUUAGCACUGAAACCUAUCUGUCUCUAACCAUGUGCUUCUCAACGCCUAUGCUUCCAUAUGUGCCUCCAACCAGGAGUACAUAUUCGGUCGCGUCGACAAUGUCCGAGUCUGUGGCUCCAGUGGGCUUGGAUGCACCUCCAACAUCUUGUAGUCCUGCUCCAAAGAAGCCCACGUCCGAGCCCCCGAGUACUUCAUCCAGAAGGCCAUCUGUAGCCGUGAAGUCGCGUUCCAAUAAACUCGCGAAACAAACGUCCAAAUUGCUGUCUCCCGCAGAGGCAGCGAAAGAACUGGUACUAGACAUUGAUUUGAGUAUGAUUGGCAAAGAUCAAGCUCGUAAGAUCAUGUCUGAGCAACAUAAGAUCCUAGGCUUCCGUCCUCCACCUGGUUCCCUUGCUGCAGAAGCACAGGCUGCUGCAGCCAGACAUCCUGUUGUCAAGGGUGCCCAGUUGUUAACCGUGCAGAAAUUGAAGGAGGCGGCGAAAACCGAUGCCGAAGACAUCCUCUUACGAAGAGACGUACAGCGGUUGCAAGGGACGAGGCGUAACAACUCGUCUGCCACUCGGUCAUCCGAGAACCGCAUACAGUUGAAUACCAUGAGCGAAGUAGCUGAAGCUCUCCACGCUUCAUUUGCGUCUCAGGUUCAGGCGGCAACUACGCCUCUUGCGCAGGAUACACACGGGAAGAACCCGUAUGGACACGCUGACUAUGACAGCGAUGUGGAGAAGACAAGGUACACAGUGUUUUUCAAAAUUGUCAUGCAUCAUAUUUUACAGGGACAUUUGUUGUGUAGGACGCCGCAGGCAACGGGACAGAGGCAAGGACCUCGUUCUGGACACAGCAGGAGUAGACCGAGGUCGAGGCCGAAUUCGAGGAAGUCGAAGUCGAAGUCGCUGAAGCUCACGCCUCCACCCCUGGAACGACUCGAAACUGGUGACUCCAUCGAGAUCGUCUGCAACAUUCUUGGAUGAGCCUCGCGUGUCAAGUCAUUCUAUUCGUCAAUGCUUAUAGCGUUGCAUAGGCAAUCCUGACUGUAAUUCAUGUGGUCUCGCUCUGGUUAUUUCAUACCCUUCUGGUUUGUAUCUCUCUCGUAUACUGUUUCCUUCAUGUACUACCCUAACUGAUACCUUAGAGCGCUGUGUAAUACCAACAAGUCAUCGCCGGUUCAGAUUUGUUACCCAGAAUUUGCCAGAGUCGCCUGCAGAAGUGGGAAAAGCUUCUAGAGUAGUGUGAGGAUUGCAGAAUCCUUCAAAUUGUAUUCCAUUCAUCGUUCAACUUGAGCAUGUCUAGUGUAGAUGUCGUAUACCCCUGUGUGUCGCAUACCGUACUUCUGCAAUGCAGAUCAAUACUCCAGAUUCC